GGUGCGCUGAGCAUGCGCAGUCAAUGUUGGAAUUCUUCCCCCGAGAUCCCGUUUAAGAAUGGUGGGCGAAGCGCGCCUGCUCGUUGUAGGUUAGACCGUGUGACUUUGAAAGCUGCACAAGAGUCCGAAAAAUCGACCCUAAUUUCAUGGAAAAUACUGGUAAGGGCAUGUAACUUGAUUAUAAACAGUAUUAUGGUCAGAUAUCGCUUCAGUUUUGUCAAUGGCACCUUGUAUAGGCCGACAUUAGCCGGCCAGCUAACGUGGGUAAGCUCAUGGUACCGACUAUUACCCGGAGAUAGAGGCAAACGCUUUGCACCUUGUGGUUGUUCUGGUUAAUACAGAGUAAAUUGAUUCAAAUUUGGUUGAUAAUACUUGUAUUGACACUGUUGUGCAAAUCAAGUGAGUAACUGUUGGUAAUCCAAAAAAUGCUCGUAAACUUCGUUAUCAGUUAUACCCGAACGAGCGCAAGCAUGAGGCUAACCUGAAGCUCUGCUCGCGUUAGCGCCGUGUGGUUUUCCAGUAAAUAGACAGGACUCAAGGCCCAACUUCUGAUUGAACUUUGACUAUGCAAACAACCCUUCCUUGUGUAACAUGGCGACAAACUACAAACAAGGUUAAAAGCGCAUUAUUUUCGAAGCCCGAAUUGUUUUCUUGAUUGCCAUUGGGAGUUUUUAUCGUUUGUGUAAGAAACGAAUCACGUGGUUAUAUUAUUUUUAGCAAUUACAGCAGACGUUUAGGCUAAAGCUGGCGUCGAUUUAAUGUUUGGACAAGGAAGUGGGUGAGUGAGCUUAGCACCAGCUGCUGCUCCUCCUGGCUCGGCCUGUUUAGGAGAAUAGCUGCUUACUUUAAAGGUUACGUUGUAAAAUGUCGGUGAACUUUAAUGCAACUUCUGCCGAUAUGUAUGUUGCAUUCGGAUAAUUAACCUGUCACCUUGUGUAACGAACCUGACUAAAUGAGUUCUGGAAAUUUCUAAUGAUCUUAGUUUGUUGUAACUUCAUGAUAACUAUUCAUUUUUGCUCAUUAUAAGUUUUCAAUUGCAGGGAAUUGGACAUCUAACCUCUAUAAUUAAAGAAACAUAAGCUUUUUCAAUGUUAGGAUUUAAUGUGAAGUAGGCCUGGGCGAUUUAGCAAAAAAAAAUUAUAACGAUAUAUUUCGUCAUAACGUCCGAUCUCGAUUAUUAUCACGAUUUUUUUUAGAAACUGCCUGUUUUUAAGCAACUGUACUAAAAACAAAAGCAACUAGAGAUUAGUUUGACAUUUUAUUAACAUACAAAGUAAAUAAUAAAGCAAAUUGAAUAAGAUACACUUCUUAAAAUGUAAAAAACAUUUUAACUCAACAGUAAAACAAAUGUAGAUAAAUACUAGAUAAUACAGUGAACUAGUUAACAGUCCUGAGUGUUUUUGCAGGUAUGCAAGACCAAAAAUAAACAAAUCGCCCCCCCAGAGAUAAUGACGACACCUUAAAAUGUCAACAUUAGAUGAUGUAAACAUAGAUGAUACGAUUAAUCGCUGCCUAGGUCUGGUGGCUACACUACUAGUUGUAGCUAAACUGCUAAUGCUACUUGUGCUGUCAGCAGUGACAGACUGUGCAGACUCCGCUCACAUUUUCAUGCUUUCCGCAUAAUCAUUGGGGAGGUACUUCUUCAACUGAUUAAACAGAUUUGUUGUGCAGCCAGUUUUUGAAGGGGAACCGAUUGCCAACAUACCUUGCACAUUGGCUUAAUUGCUCAGCGUCACUUUGUAAAUACCAGAACCACCGCCACACAACCGAUGUAGAUUAACUUAUCAACAAUAACAUCUUUAGAGGAUGACUCAAAGUCAUGGAUGACAUCUAUUUUAUUGCCCUCAGCUCCAUGUUCAGUCAUUCUGUUAACUUCUCCUGUUUACUUCUUACAGAAGUGAGCAGGAAAAGCUGGACUCUGAUUGGCUGUUGUGGUGGUUUUAUCAUUGAUGGAGGUGUUUGCCUAAAGACAGCUAGAAUUUUCUGGAUUCUAGAUCGGUCCAUUUUGGUAGCUCUGGUGAUAAUCCAACCUCUUUUUCAACAGACCCACAAUUCUCAGAGGACACAAUAACUGGAAUGCUGGACACUGAAUCCCCUGUCAUGGAGAGCAAUGGGGAUGCCUUUCUUCCUGACCUGCCUGUCCUUGGCCAAACUGCGGACUGGUCUUUGGACCAAGUAGCUCCUGAGCCACUUACCAGCAUCUUGCCUGAAGACUCGGAUGCAUCUCAAGAUGCUCCUGAGCAACAGCAGCUACCAGACCAGGAGGUCAUUCCCACAGGGCUGGGUGCUGUUGAGAAAGCUGUUGAGCAGUUUCAACUCGCCAGUGCUCAGCUCUUCCAAGAGGAGCAGCCACCACCACCUCCACCUCCUCCUCCGCCACAGCCCACAGAGGAGCCAGCACAGCCACCAGAACACAACAUAGAGACUGGGGAGGCUCAGCUAGGUGGCAGUGAGAUGCAAACAGAGCCAGAAGCUGAAGCACAAAUCGUUGCUCAAGGUAGUUUGCCAUGUUUCCUACAUGUUUUGGUGAAAAAAACAAUCAGAUUUGAUUGUAACUUUAGGCAAUGUUUGAUUGUGUUUUUUCUUUAAUUUUUCCAGAUGGGACGGAGACACCACAAGUGACGGAGGAUGGUAUGGAGCUGGAAGAACCAUCCAAAGAUACAGCAGAGGAAGCCACGGUUCCCACGGAGCCAGAGCUGCCCAGUGAGUUUGAAAAGCUUUUUAAAGGGUGUCAGGACAACCCAGAAGACUUCAACGGCUGGGUCUACCUGCUGCAGCAAGUAGAGCAAGAGGUAAGAUGACACAGACAUGUAUUGUAUUCUGUACAAUACCAGUUUGCAGCAUUCUUCAUUGUAGAACUGAGAAUGACAAAAAACUUGUGUAAGCAGAAAAAUAGAGCCAAACUCUUGUUGUUCCUUCUCCCUUGCAGAAUAUCCUUGCAGCUGUGAGAAAAGCAUUUGAUGUAUUCUUCCUGCGUUACCCCUACUGCUACGGCUACUGGAAGAAAUACGCAGACAUUGAGAAAAAGCAUGGACAUAUACAGGUCGCUGAGGAGGUGAGUGUUUAGAUUUUUGUAUUGUCGUAUUUCUACUCUGUCAAAGGUAUUUGGUUACCUAAUCAAGCUCACUGCUCUUGGAGUGUCUCUUUAGCAUAACCUGUUUUUAUAUCACUGCACUGAGUCAAAUGCAGUAGACAUUCGGGCAGAGGGACAAAGAGAGAGCAUGUGUGUAUGUAAAAUGUUUGAGUUACUGCAGAUCUUGUAAAGGAUUCUCUGUGCUGUGGUUUGCGCCCAGGUGUACAGAAGAGGCUUGCAGGCCAUCCCUCUCAGCGUGGACCUGUGGCUGCACUACCUCACCUUCAUCAAAGAGAACUCAGACCCUGCUGACCCAGAAACUGAAGGACGCAUUCGAGCGUGAGUAAAAAACUUGACCUUUUCAGUGCUUCAGCUCUCUGCUUAUUAACUUCUGUGACAGUAGAAACUGUCCACUCUCCACUUUCAUUGUUCCUAUUUCUGUGUAUCAUUUCCAAUUCAUUUCAGUUUUAAAACGACAAAUAGCAGCACUAGAUUAACAGUCUGUCUUCUCAUUUCUGUCCCCAUUAGUGCCUACGAACACGCAGUGCUCGCAGCAGGCACAGACUUUCGUUCAGACCGUCUGUGGGAGGCUUUCAUCAACUGGGAGACGGAGCAGGACAAGCUGGCAAACGUCACUGCCAUCUAUGACCGUAUCUUGGGCAUCCCAACACAGCUUUAUUCUCAGCACUUCCAGAGGUGACUGGAAAAGCAGAACUAAUCUCCAGAUUUUCAUCUGCUUCUUAGCUAUUCUCCUGUGAAUCUGCUUCUCUGUGGUUAGAAUGUUAAAAUAUGAAAUAUUGAUAUUCAUCUCUCUCUUUUAAAGCCUCGCUUUGAGAAGCUAUUUUAGCUCCUAAAGCCGUAUUCAGGGACUUCUAUGUGUAUUGCAGUAACAAAUUCCUGGAAUGGAGUAAUGCAGUCUGUUUUAUUCUCAACAGGUUCAAAGAUCAUGUGCAGAGCAACAACCCCAAACACUUCCUAUCAGAAGAGGAGUUCGUUCAGCUGAGGGUUGAGCUCUCUAAAAGCAGCCUGACACCGAUGGUCAGUGAAGCUGAAGAGACACCUAUCCCUCAGGAGGAUCUCCCACCUGGUACAGAGGAUCUUGCAGACCCUGCAAAGGUAAAAAUUAAAUUGUCAUUCUUGUGUAGUGAAGAAAUGUACAUAACAGCUGCUAGCAGAGGUUUGCUGGAGUCACCAUGAUGAGAUCAAAAGAAAGCUUUGCUCAGGUUUGAAGAGGUUUCUUUAUGUCGGCAGCCUAGCCACUCAGUGCCGGGUGGGAUUCAAGUUGGCGUCCAGUCAGGGACUCUCCCUGAAACAAGCCUGGCUCAUUGUCCCCAGCACCCAGAGGCUGACUUGCAGGGUGUAUUCAUACCUCCCCCCUCUGCAGGCUAAUGGUGUGUGCAGAGCUCAUGGUGAUGUAAAUCUUUGGCUGCAGGACUCGCAAGAUUUUUUUUCUUGUACGUCGAGUAGAGUAGGUAAUGAGAUGAUGCAUCUGUGAAGGUUUUCACCAUGUGGUUUUCUCUGUGUGUGUCUUCAUGUAGAGGGUGACAGAGAUUGAGAAUAUGCGUCACAAAGUGAUCGAGGUGCGACAAGAGGUGUUCAACCACAACGAACAUGAAGUCAGCAAGCGCUGGACGUUUGAAGAAGGGGUAUGUGUUGGCUUUUGUCCUGUAACACAUAUUUUGAAGUAUGCCUUUUGAUUUUCUUAUCCUCUGACUCUGAACAAAUAUCUGUCUUCCUUCAGAUCAAGAGGCCGUACUUCCAUGUCAAAGCCUUAGAGAAGACCCAGCUCAACAACUGGAAGGAGUACCUGGACUUUGAAAUUGAAAACGGGACCCCAGAACGCGUGGUCGUGCUUUUCGAACGCUGCCUCAUCGCCUGCGCACUCUACGAGGAGUUCUGGAUCAAGGUAGCGCAACCUUUGACCUCUCUCUCACUCCUGCUACCUCCCUGCACUUCCCCAGCAACGAUGAUAAUCACAACGACACAGUAAAUCGUCCUGCACUCUCUUUGCGUGUAACGUUGAUAUGUGACUGUAUCUGUUGUAUUAGGGGAUGGCCAGCUUGCCACACAAGAUUUGACUGCAGCAUUUGCCAACUACUACGUUGCAUCUUCUUCGUCUCCCACUACCUUACAGAAACUUAUCUAAUUGGUUCCAUGAAGGUGCUGAUGGGUUUACACAGAAAAUUUCUAAAAACGAUCUUGUCAAUGAAGAAAUUCACUGUUUCUGUCAACUGAAAUUUUAGGUUUAAAAUGUCUUGUCUCUUUUGCCUUUCUCUCUUUCUCCUCUGUUCUUUUUUUUCUCUGUCCUCUCCUGCAUUCCUUCCAACUCGCUUUCUCUUUUUCACUCUGAAGUAUGCAAAAUAUCUAGAGGGCUACAGCACUGACGGCGUGAGACAUGUCUACAAGAAAGCGUGCACCAUCCAUCUGGCCAAGAAACCAUCCACCCACCUGCUGUGGGCCGCCUUCGAGGAGCAGCAAGGUGGGUGAUGGUCAAACCCCUACAGGCGUCGCUACAUGUGUGUUUUCUGAUAAAUAAAAUGAAAUCUUAAAAACUUGUCUUUUCUUUUCAGGUAAUGUGGAUGAAGCUCGCGACAUCCUGAAGUCCCUGGAAGCGUCAGUCCCCGGUCUGGCCAUGGUGCGCCUUCGGAGGGUCAGCCUCGAGCGUCGCCACGGAAACAUGGAGGAAGCAGAGGCCCUGCUGCGGGAGGCGAUGGAGUCGGCGAAGAAUCCUACUGAGAGCUCGUUCUACGCCGUGAAGCUGGCCCGGCAGCACAUGAAGGUGCAGAGAAGUCUGAGCAAGGCCAGGAAGGUCCUGCUCGAGGCCAUUGAAAAAGACCAGGUGAGAGCUGAUUGAGGGGACUCCAUGUAGGUAUCCUUGUGCAUUUUCACUCAUUUACACGCUUCAUGAGUGACAGAUCUCUUGUGGGGGUAAGUACAAAGCUGCACAGUGUUGAAGGAGCAAACUCUCUCAAUACCUCUCAGCUACCUGCUGAACUGUUUCAACUGCGUCACAUUCAAGGGUUUGUGUUCCCCACCACAUUCAAGGGUUUUUGUGUUUCUUGGCUUCUUUCUGUGUAGCUUGGAAUAAUCAAACUUUUAAUUUUUCAGUGUUUUUAGACUUUUAAUUUGAAAGAGGUUACUGAGGACCUUCUUCUUGUAGGAUUCUGCCGACGAUUCUGCUGAGAUUCCGGAGAAACUGGAGCCCACAUUGUUUUCCAAAUGAGGACCCACCUCUUCUUAUCAUGUCUGUACUGCAUUUGUGAUAAAAUAGGCAACUUUUCUGUCUUUUACAGACGAGUUCCAGGCUGUAUCUGAACUUGCUGGAGCUGGAGUACAGCGGAGACGUGACACAGAACGAGGCGGAGAUCUUGGCUUGUUUCGACCGGGCGCUGCAGAGCCCAAUGCCUCUAGAAUCCCGCUUCCUCUUCAGUCAGCGCAAAGUUGAAUUCCUCGAGGACUUUGGCAGUAACAUCAAUGUGUAAGUUUUGUUAUGUGUAGAGCAGUUUGGAUACAAAUGACAGUUAUAUUUGUUUUGAGGUUAAUCACUUCUUUGCAUUUUCCAGGCUUGUUGCUGCAUAUGAGGAGCAUCAGAAACUACAGAAAGAAAGUGAACCGAGCAAGAGGAAGGCGGAGAACGGCUAUGACAGGUGAAUAACAGGACUGGGUAUCAUUUCUACAAGUCUUUUUAAACACUACCUCAUCCUCUUUUAUUAACUUGACAUUUUUGAUGUAAAGCUCCCAGGAACCGGACGCCAAAAGGCAGCGUGUGGAUGACAGCGCCACGAGUGCAGCAAACGCAGCGGCGGAUACGCAAGCAAACAACUCUGCUUACAACUACAACUGGUACCAGGUGGGUUUUUCAAUCUGAGCUAAUGAGCUAGCGGUAUUUUUUGUUUUAUGUUACAAAUUCAGGCACAUGUAACCACUCUAAAAACUGUAUUUUUUUUUGUUUUUUUCUUAGCAACAGUACGGCGGCUGGGGACAAAACUCCUGGGGGCAGUACAACCAAUAUGGCCAGUAUAACCAGUACUACCCACCUCCUCCAACAUAAUGGACAAAAUCCUGACAUGAAGAGCGGAGAUCCCAAGAAUAGCAUCCUUUCUGACCUGCCUACAUCUCUGAACACGGCUGCUUAGCUGGCUGAGAAUUUGAUCCCACCGUAGAAACUGACUCUUUCCGCCUUUGUGGUGCAACGUGUGCUAAUCAGUUAAUUACACCUAAAAUUUGGCAGAUAAAACAUUUGGCCCUUGAUGGCAGUCAUGUUGAUUUGCCAUGAUUUUGAAAAAUGCUCAUCAAUCAUCUCCAACACUGGCUGCUUUUUUGGGAUUGUUUAAUGCAUGUUAACUGUGAAGGCAGAUUUGUUUCCUCCCCCCUGUGUGACAAAGGUUUUUUAUCUUUUUAGAUUGGAUGACUUAGUUUGAUCUCUUUCUUUGUGUUCAAGAUUUAAACUUGUUCAGGAGGCAUUCAUAGAUGAACCUCUGAGUUGUGUGUUUCUCUUUCCCAAACUGAAAGAUUUUUAAUAUUUCAUGGUUAUGUUUCCAGACAGAAAAUGAAGAGUUCCUCCUUUUUUAUUUUGACUUGAUUUCAUAAUAAAGAGAUUGAUAUCCUGAA